AUGUCGACGCUGCAAGAGCGAGUUCAGCCUGCGCUGCAAAUGAGGGACAAUUCCCUAGAGACGACCGCAAUACUUGAAAUACCCAUCUCGCGGCUCUCAGAGGAUGUGAUGCAUAUCCCACGAUCAUGUGGACUUUUAUCCAACUUGGAAAUUAGUUUGACCGAGGACUAUGAUGCCACAGCACUAUUGGAAAUGUUGGCCGAAGGGAAAGUCACGGCGCAUAUACUCCUCUCGGCUUUCAGAAAACGGGCAACAAUUGCACAGCAGUGUGUCAAUUGCCUCACAGAGCUCAUUCCAGAAGCCAUUGAAGAUGCUCGCACUUGUGACGAGAUUUUGGCACGAACCGGUAAACCCAUGGGGCCGCUUCAUGGACUUCCAAUAUCCGUCAAAGAGCAGAUUUCCAUUGCAGGUCGCCGUACCAAUGCCGGAUUUGUGGCGUGGGUGGGCAAUGUCAGCAAGGAAGAUGCCGAUAUUGUUACAUCGCUCAAAAGGCUGGGGGCUGUUGUUUUUGCUAGGACAAAUCAACCCCAAUCACUGAUGCACCUUGAAACAUCCAACAAUAUCUAUGGGGCUACAGUGAAUCCCAGAAACCGGAACCUUACUGCUGGGGGUAGCACUGGCGGAGAGGGAGCCUUAAUGGCCAUGCAUGGAACACCUCUUGGGAUUGGAGGUGAUAUAGGGGGCUCAAUAAGAGUCCCAGCAGCCCUAAAUGGAAUAUAUGGAUUUUACCCAAGCGUUGGGCGGUUGAGUGGCAAGAACGUUGUGGUCCCGUCGCCAGGAUGUGAUUCAAUCGUUGGUACACUAGGACCAUUCACAAGGUCUUUACGUGAUAUCGAGCUAUUCUGCAAAGCGUACUCGGCGGCCAAGCCUUGGAUUGAUGAUGUUUCUCUGAUCCCGGGUGACAUUCUGUCUCCGAGUAUGGGCCGCCAAUUUGAUCAUAACCGGCCCCUUCGCGUUGGGAUCUUGAGUGAUGACGGCGUGGUCUCCCCUAUGCCACCGGUGCGAUAUAUUAUUGACAAGAUUCGUAACUGCCUGGGCCAAAGCGCAUCUGUACAGGUGUUGCCAUUCAAGCCGCUAGAUCAUGAAGGAGCUUGGAAGAUCAUUGCGGCGAACUACUUCGAGGAUGGCGGUGCGGGCAUCCGCGAGAUAUGUCAAGAUGGGAAUGAGCCUCUCUUGCCUCUGACCAACUGGAUCCUCCAGCAGUGUCAGGAUAACAUGUCCGCCGUUGCAGCCACGCAUCAAGGCCGUAAAGCUGCUCGUGAUGCUUUCCGCCAAACAUAUAGCGCCCAUUGGGAGCAGGCCGGAGUCGACGUUGUGUUGGCACCUGUUACUCCCAGCACAGCGCCACCACUUGGUGCAACCCCCUACUGGGGCUACACUGCCAUCUGGAAUUUGCUCCAGUACCCGGCAAUAGCCUUGCCCGCGUCCAAAUUUGUAAGCGAUUGGAGUACAGUUGACCUCUCUGCUGAAAGUUAUACACCGAAAACGGAGCAAGAGAAAACACUAUUUCAGCAAUGGUCAAUGAUACCGACACAGGGCAUGCCAGUUGGUGUACAGAUUGUAGCUAAACGACUACACGAAAAUCUUCUCGUUCAGGCUGCACGUGUUAUUGAGGAGACACUGAGAUAA